AUGACGAUUACAGCCCAGCCCCUAGGUGUCAAGGACGAAGAUGCGGUACUACAACAGUGGCAGGAUGAAGAAAAUUCGGUCCGUAUAAGUCAAGGGAGUAUAGGAUGCAAGACCCUAGGGGCUAAGAAAAAGACUAUACAAGGUGAAAUAGUUGACUCGUAUCCUUUGGCGGAGGUCCAAUAUAGGAAGUUUCAAGCAGAAAGAACGCCCGAGGGUAUCAACCCCAGGCGGGUAACACUUACUAUAUGCAACAAUAUGCUUUUGGAAACAGGUCUGAGUCGUACAAGCGGCGCAACGGUAUCUCAGAACUUUGAGGAUUUUAUGAAAGGACUUGACCUAGAUCUCCUUUUCAUAAACGAGAUGCAAUACAAAGACUUGUUGCUAUCCGCUACGUUCUUUCACGAGGUAAAUUUCUAG